GCCAUGGGGACGGGACCCGGCGUCUCCGGGCGCCGCGCGGCCUCCAGGCCCAGCCCCGGGCUGCCCUCCCGAGACUCCGAGCCCGGCUGGGCAGGGGGUCGCGGCCGCAACGGGGAAGGCCAGGUAUGUCACCACGCCGAAUGCCAGCAGCUGCACCACCGGGGCCCCCUCAACCUCUGCGAGGUCUGUGACAGCAAGUUCCACAGCGCCAUGCAUUAUGAUGGGCACGUCCGCUUCGACCUGCCCCCCCAAGGCUCUGUCCUGGCUCGGAAUGUGUCCACCCGGUCAUGCCCCCCACGCACCAGUCCUGCCGUGGACUUGGAGGAGGAGGAGGAGAGCUGUAUGGAUGGCAAGGGGGACCGAAAGAGCACAGGCCUGAAACUCUCCAAGAAGAAAGCCAGAAGGAGACACACAGAUGACCCAAGCAAGGAGUGCUUCACCCUGAAAUUUGACCUGAACGUGGAUAUUGAGACAGAGAUUGUACCAGCCAUGAAGAAGAAGUCUCUGGGGGAGGUGCUGCUGCCAGUAUUUGAAAGGAAGGGCAUUGCACUGGGCAAAGUGGACAUCUACCUGGACCAGUCCAACACGCCCCUGUCCCUCACCUUUGAGGCUUACAGGUUUGGGGGACACUACCUGCGGGUCAAAGCCAAGCCAGGGGACGAGGGGAAGGUGGAACAGGGGGUGAAGGACUCCAAGUCCCUGAGUCUGCCGAUCCUGCGGCAAGCCGGGGCCGGGCCCCCAGCUCAGGAGCGCGUGGACCCCCAGAGCCGCCGGGAGAGCCUGGAUAUCCUGGCCCCUGGUCGCCGACGCAAGAACAUGUCAGAGUUCCUGGGGGAGGCCAGCAUCCCUGGGCAGGAGCCCCCCACACCCUCCAGCUGCUCUCUGCCCAGCGGCAGCAGCAGUGGCAGCAGCAGCAGCAGCAGUGGCAGUGACAGCUGGAAGAACCGGGCAGCCAGUCGCUUCAGUGGCUUCUUCAGCUCAGGCCCCAGCACCAGCGCCUACGGCCGGGAGAUGGACAAGAUGGAGCAGCUGGAGGGCAAGCUGCACGCCUACAGCCUCUUCGGGCUGCCCAGGCUGCCCCGGAGGCUGCGCUUUGACCAUGACUCCUGGGAGGAAGAAGGUGACGAAGAGGAGGAUGAGGAUGACGCUGGACUGCGGCUGGAGGACAGCUGGCGGGAGCUCAUUGACGGGCAUGAGAAGCUGACCCGGCGGCAGUGCCACCAGCAGGAGGCGGUCUGGGAGCUCCUGCACACGGAGGCCUCCUACAUUAAGAAGCUGAGGGUGAUCACCAACCUGUUCCUGUGCUGCCUUCUGAACCUGCAAGAGUCGGGACUGCUGUGUGAGGUGGAGGCGGAACGCCUGUUCAGUAACAUCCCGGAGAUCGCGCGGCUGCACCGCGGGCUGUGGGGCAGCGUGAUGGCGCCGGUGCUGGAGAAGGCGCGGCGCACGCGGGCGCUGCUGCAGCCCGGGGAUUUCCUCAAAGGCUUUAAGAUGUUCGGCUCCCUCUUCAAGCCCUAUAUCCGAUACUGCAUGGAGGAGGAGGGCUGCAUGGAGUACAUGCGCGGCCUGCUGCGCGACAACGACCUCUUCCGAGCUUACAUCACGUGGGCCGAGAAGCACCAGCAGUGCCAGCGGCUGAAGCUGAGCGACAUGCUGGCCAAGCCCCACCAGCGACUCACCAAGUACCCGCUGCUGCUCAAGUCGGUGCUAAGAAAGACCGACGAACCGCGCGCCAAGGAGGCCGUUGUCACCAUGAUUGGCUCGGUGGAACGCUUCAUCCACCACGUGAACGCGUGCAUGCGGCAGCGCCAGGAGCGGCAGCGGCUGGCGGCUGUGGUGAGUCGCAUCGACGCCUACGAGGUGGUGGAGGGCAGCAACGACGAAGUGGACAAGCUCCUGAAGGAAUUUCUACACCUGGACCUGACAGCCCCCAUCCCUGGAGCCUCCCCUGAGGAGACACGUCAGCUGCUGCUGGAAGGGAGCCUGAGGAUGAAGGAGGGGAAGGACAGCAAGAUGGAUGUGUACUGCUUUCUCUUCACUGACCUGCUCUUGGUGACCAAGGCAGUGAAGAAGGCCGAGAGGACCAAGGUGAUCAGGCCACCGCUGCUGGUGGACAAGAUCGUGUGCCGGGAGCUUCGGGACCCAGGCUCCUUCCUCCUCAUCUACCUGAACGAGUUCCACAGUGCUGUGGGGGCCUACACGUUCCAGGCCAGUGGCCAGGCUUUGUGCCGUGGCUGGGUGGAUGCCAUCUACAAUGCCCAGAACCAGCUGCAGCAGCUGCGUGUGCAGGAGCACCCAGGCAACCAGCAGCACCUGCAGAGCCUGGAAGAGGAGGAGGAUGAGCAGGAGGAGGAGGAGGAAGAGGAGGAGGAAGGCGGGGAGAGUAGCACUUCGGCUGCCAGCUCCCCUACCAUUCUGCGCAAAAGCAGCCACAGCCUUGAUUCCCAGCACUGUGCCUCGGACGGCUCUACGGAGACCCUGGCCAUGGUGGUGGUGGAGCCUGGGGAGUUGCUGUCCUCUCCUGAAUUCGGGGGCGGCCCCUUCAGCUCCCAGUCAGACGAGACCUCUCUCAGCACCACCGCCUCAUCUGUCACUCCUACCAGCGAGCUGCUGCCCCUGGGCCCUGUGGACGGCCGCUCCUGCUCCAUGGACUCCGCCUACGGCACCCUUUCCCCCACCUCCCUGCAAGACUUUAUGGCCCCAGCCCCCAUGGCGGAGUCAGCACCCCGGCCCCCAGAGUUACCACCAGCCCCAUCACCCCCACCCUCACCCCGCCUCCGCCGCCGCACUCCUGUCCAGCUGCUGCCCUGCCUGCCCCACCUGCUCAAGUCCAAAUCCGAGGCCAGCCUCCUCCAGCUGCUGUCAGGGGCCACCACCCGCAGAGCGCCCCCAGCCCCUAGCCGCAGCCUGUCGGAAGUCUGCUUGGCUGCUACUGUCCCUGGCAUGAGGACUCGGGGCUCCUGUCAGGAAGCUGAGCCCAGCUGGUAUUGCCAGGGGGCACCUGGCCCUGGCCCCCAGCUGGCAGAGCUAGAGGGUGGAGCCCACUGUCCAGGUGGGGAGCCUGAAGGACUCACCAGGAGAAGCAGAGAGCUGUCCUCGGGGGCCUCGACCAGGGUCCAGCCUGAGCCUCCCCCGGGGAUCUCGGCCCAGCACAGGAAGCUGACGCUGGCCCAGCUCUACCGAAUCAGGACUACCCUGCUGCUUAACUCCACCCUCACUGCCUCGUGAGUGGCCUGGCCUGGGGUGGAGGACAGGUGGCCCAGUGUACUGGGGGCACUGUCAUGACUGGGAACAGAUGGCACUUGGGCACAGGGAUGGGAGAGGGAGCCUGAGACCUGCCUCAGCACCUGGCAAGGAUGGGCAGCGGUGAAGAAGCCUGAGGAUCCCAGUCAGGAGAGGGUGGCCAGAUCCCCUCCAAAUACCAUAAGCCAAGGAAGGACUGUCUCUCCCCUCCUCUCCACUGCAGGGAGGUCUGAGCAGAGGGAGGCCCCCAAGGGUGCCACUGACCAAAGGACAGCAGACAGCAUGCCUCCUGGGGUGAGCCGGCCCCUGCUCCAGCUGCUGCCGUAAUGUGCACACGGGCCGGAGUGCCCAGCCGGACACCACCACCGCCCCUGCCCCCAGGGGCCCAAUUUGCACUUUGCCAGACCGAAUGGAAGUGGAGGAGGGCUCAGCAGAGGCCCAGGCUGCAGGACCUGCUGACAGUCACCACUGUCACUAACCUGCCUGUUUUCCCACCCCCGCACCCCCAGCGGAGGCAGGGUCCUUUGCCCAGUUUUCUCUGAAGUCAGGACCUCCAGUCCUCUGGGCUGGACUCCAGGGCUGGGGUCCCAGGCAACCCUUCCCUCCUCCACCCGCAUCUGGCACCAAAUGGGAUGACGGUUCCCCUGCCUUUUGCCCCCUCCCCCUCUUCCCAGUCCUUGGGAUGGGCUCUGUGUAAAGUUGCAUAUUUAUUGAGCUUUUGAUUCUUUUAUAAAGACUUGUAUAUACUUCACUGGAAAGAGUCCUUUGCUUUUGGAAUGCCCCCUUUCUGGACUCAGGUAUACUCAGUGCCCCCCUGGGCUCCUGUCCCCUUCAUCUGUGGUGGGCCACCGCUGGGCGAGACUGGGAGCAGAAUGGACUUCGUGGGGCAGAAAUCGCCUGACCAGUACUCCCCAGGUCAGCCCUGCCCCCUGCCACAGCCAUGAAGUCCACCACUAGGGACCCCCACCAGGUGCCCUCCCCACAUGGGGCCCUGGAGGGCCCUACCCUAAGCCACCCCUCUCAGGGCUCAAGCUACUGAGGGGGCCCCCUAGGACUGCCUUCCAGGGCAGGCUCAUGCCCUGUGUGGGGAGGCUGGGUCUCCCACCUGGGUUCUUCUGGCCCAAGCCCUCAUGGCUGAGGGUGCCUCUGAGCCCCGGAGAGAAGAGAUCGCCUCUCUAGGAAGAGGUAGUCUCUGGGUAGAGCUAGAAUCCAGGCGUGGGACCCGGACGCGGCCCCUCGCUAUGCGCACCUUGCCCACCAGCUGCCUCAGGUGAGCUCAG